GCGAAACCAACACGCAGGACGCCAUUUUGUCCAAAAAAAAAAAACAGAGAACGUUGAGUGUUUUGUUCAAGCCAAAGGGACUAAUCUUGAGAAAACCAUGCAGCGCUAUCAAGCCCGUUUGCUGAGAGCUUCAAACAACAACCAAUCGAGUGAUGAGCCAAAGGUGCCCGUGAAAUCUGCGCGCGAGGGGGAGGAUGACACCAAUAUUCACAUCCACGCAAAGUUUCCCAGCGUUUCAUCUCGACACUUUCUGUCCAUCUGCACGCCUGAAGUCCCGUCCAGAGAAUCAGACAGCUGCUGCUUCUGCUGCUGGAUCAGGGAGCUUCAGCAUCCUCUACUAGUCCUCCUCCGUCAUUAGUCGAGUUCAGGCUCUCACCGCACUGUCGGCAUCAGUGCUGGAGAAACACCGCUUUACUGCAGAGGAUGAGGAGGUUCAAGGUGAAAAGAAGUCUUUACGUGUGCUGGGUUGAGGGAGUUCUCAAUGGGCAGAGAUCAUACAUAUGUCUGUCUGAUGUGAAGCCGCAUUAGCCUGUGAGGGGAAGCUUCCCAACCUAAAAAGGUGCUGAUGAAAACAUCAAAGGUCACUGGAUGGAUGUAAUACAUUUUGAUGGAUUGUCAAACUUCAUCAUUCGGAUGAAGAUGACGUGUCUAGAAAGCACUAUUUUUUAUGACACUUGUGUUAUGGUUAAGCCGCCCCCCCGGUGCAUUUUGAACACCCGACUCCGACGGAGCGAGGUGACACCGUGAGAUUCUUAAAGGACACCCUACGGCAAUUAGACAGAAGUUUGAGAUGGUCAACCAACUGACCCUCUGCAAAUAAAUGGAAGGACCUAAACAAUGAGUCAACUUUCAUCUGCUGUUUAACGGUUUUGUGAACGCCUAGCUUCUCCUCAAACAACUUUGGGACUUAUGGAGGCCUCUGUGAACUCGGACAACAUCAGCAACACCUCAGCUGGGUUGGGCCAGAGAACAUGGGUUGAGUCUAACGUGUGCCCUCCCUCUGUGAGUGGCACGACCCUUCUGAUCGUGGCCUACAGCACCGUUAUUGCGGUGGGAUUGGUGGGCAACACUUGUCUGGUCUUCAUCAUAUCCAGACAGAAGGAGAUGAGGAACGUCACCAACAUCCUCAUCGCCAACCUCUCCUGCUCCGACAUCCUCAUGUGCGUGGUAUGCCUCCCUGUGACGGUCAUCUACACACUCAUGGACCGCUGGAUCCUUGGCGAGACGCUGUGCAAGGUCACGCCAUUCGUGCAGUGCAUGUCCGUCACGGUCUCUAUCUUCUCGCUGGUCCUCAUCGCGUUGGAGCGGCAUCAACUCAUCAUCCACCCCACCGGCUGGACACCCGCCGCAGGCCAUUCGUACCUGGCCGUGGCGGUCACCUGGAUGGUGGCCUGCUUCAUUUCCCUACCCUUCCUGUCCUUUAACAUCCUCACUAAUGCCCCGUUCCAGAACCUCAGCCUUCCAUUCAACCCAUUCAGCGACCACGUGAUUUGCAUGGAGCUCUGGCCGUCCGAACGCAACCGUUUGGCGUACACCACCUCGCUUCUGCUAUUCCAAUACUGCCUCCCCCUGCUUCUCAUUCUGCUCUGCUACUUGCGCAUAUUCCUGCGUCUGCGUAGACGGAAAGACAUGGUGGAGCAAGCCACUGAGGCCCGGCAGAGGAAGGCGCGGGGCGCUCAGCGCGUCAACGCCAUGUUGGUCGUAAUCGUGGUCGCUUUUGCUCUCUGCUGGCUCCCACUCAACGUCUUCAAUACCAUCUUUGAUUGGUACCACCAGGUGCUUCCUUCUUGCCAGCACGACAUCAUCUUCUCGGCCUGCCACCUCACGGCAAUGGCGUCAACCUGCGUGAACCCGGUGGUGUACGGCUUCCUCAACACCAACUUCCAGAAGGAGCUGAAGGCGACGCUCCAACGCUGCCAUUGCGGCUGGGGCGUUCCAGAGACCUACGAGAGCUUCCCGCUUUCGACGGUGGCCACCGACGUCACCAAGGUGUCGUCCAUACAGCAGGGCUCUCUAUUGAGAUCGGAACAGUGCGCUCACUGCUAAAGAGACGGCAGGAAUGGAGGGAAGAAUGAGGGGAGGGGUUGAGGAUGAGCUGGCACUGUUUCCAUGGAGACGUGGAAUUGCUAUGUGGGUUUCUGCAUCAGUUCAUACCCAAGAGAUCUAAAAACAACCUCAACCCUCUGUUGCCGUGUUUUCUGGGGUCCAGGUGUGGAACACGGUGUGAUGUUUUGUUAACGACUGCUAGGGUAGUCAGGGCGUCAUUCCUGUCUCCGUGUACGACUUAUACGGGAUAAAUAUUCCAUUAAGAAUGUUAUUAUUCCUUUGAUGACACUUUCAAGCUUUCGUGAUAGGAAGGAAGGACUGAUUUAUGAGGCUGGAUUGUUUUAGCGCUCAUUGCGCACCAGACAUUUCACAUCAAACAGCAAGUUAUUGUUAUAAUGAAAGUACUUUUCAUGUACAAUUCUUUCAGUUAUUUAUUCACUGUAGCAGGGAGUCUGUGCCCUCACCAAAGUAUUUCUUCUGUCUGGUUUUGUUGUUGCUAGUGUUGUUGUUUAAUGACUUGUAACUAUUACUAUUUAUUGUGUUGCUUUGGUGAGACCGCUUGCUCUGCAUUUUAACUUUUAAAUCGUGCCUCUGUAAUAUUGGGAAGCAUAUUAAACAUUUGAGCAUUGGUGUUAGCUAACAACACAUCCAUCUUCUGCUACAAUAGAUACAUGGCUGUUCCAAUGCCCGUUUGGUAUUACAUAUUUUCUUGAUGAUUGAAGUCAAAGCAAAGUUCAGUUUCUAACAAAAGUGUUUGGUGUUGACGUUCUUGUUGCCUUAUAAAUGGUAGUUCUGAA